AAAAAUAAUAACUCGCGGAUCGCGUGGUGUUUGGUGGUUUACGAGCUAGAAUUUACGUUUACGUCGAUGCUAAUGGCAAAAACAGCUGUUCAAGCAAGCAAAGCACAUAAGUUUAAUUUUUUUUCUCAUUCUCGUUAUAUUCAACUGAGGUCGGCAAUUUAAAUGAAAAACGCUGAAACCGAGCUUAUUCUCGGAUUGUGCAGUUCAAAGUGAAACUCGUCGAAACGCUUUCGAGGCUAGUGGAUUGAUUGCGUGGAAAAUCAAAUAAAAUUUUGUGCGUUCGAGAAAAUCGUGUCAUUUUCAUCCUUCGCCGGUGGUGCAUCGGAACUCGGAACAGCGUGUGUGCGUGGCGGUGAAUUUUUGUUUACUGAUACGGUCGACGACAUUGAUAGGAGCGUGAUAAGGCGCUGAAAGUGUUUUGCGCUAUCGCUCUCCAAGAAGGCUGCCGGAGUGAUAUGUUCUGUUCGUAUUGCGUCGCUAAUUGUGCAUCUAUUGGGGUAAUCUGCGCCGGAUGGUAAAGGUUACAGUAUAAUGUCGAUCUCUUGAAUCGAAACUAACCGAGAGGAUUUGAACCACCGCAACCUGUUGCACUAGAUGGUGUUUCCCGAGCUUCACAUCCAGGUGUCGUUAGCAGGGCCCGUUUCCUACCGAGAUGUCCUCUAAACCAGCGACGCCGCUCGAGCAGCGGCGAAUUUUCCCGGGCGAAUGCGAAAGCACCCGAAUCCCGAUGCUUUCGCCAACCCCAUUCCGGCGGUCCUACUCGCUGCGUAUGCGCACCAGCCAAAGCUUCCAUGACUACCAACAUUACCGCGAGUGCGAGUGUGGUGGUGGAAACAUGCAUCAACCAACGAAUCUGUCCGGUCCUUCGAUACCCAGUAUUAAAGUGAAAAAUUCCCUCAGCAAUGGAAACAAACCGACCAGUCACCAUCAUCAUCAACAACGAGCCGCCACAGCGGAGCCAUUCGAUCCGCAGAACAGCACCAAAGGGUCUCCCUCGUCGCCGGGCAGUACGCUGAUACCCAAUGGCAUAAUCGGACACGGCCAUAAUGCCAUUUCGCCGCCGUCGGGCUCCGGGCAGAAGACUUCGUCCUCGCAGUCGACUCGCAAGAACAGUCUGCAGAAAAAUGAUCGGGGAAUGUCUUUGAAUCUGAUCAACUCGGGUCACAGUGCCAGCUGUAAUAGCAGUGCCCAGAGAUCGCCUCGUAGACCCCAUACACCGUGCGAGUCGAACAUUAUCGGCCACCACCCGGGAUUGCAGAAGAGCAGCCUUAGCCCGAAGACACCGCCGGUAUCACCUGAAUCUCCGGCUACCAGCUACUUGGAUGACGAUUUGGAUUCUCUGCAGAGCUAUAGUAGUUCAGUGGCCAGCGGAAUGUCGUGCGAUCAUCCAUACGUUGCUCGCAACGGUACCACUUUCAGUGGGCGCAAAAUGAAAUACGUAGUACACUGCUCGAGUCAUGCUGGUCAAACGGGCGAAGACUACCUUACGCCGACCCAGCGGGCUCAAAGACAGAUCAGACGGCUCAAGGAAUUGCUGUCUCAGGCGCGGGUAGACUUAGAACAGCGGGACAGCGAGAUCCUGAGACUUACCAAAGAGGUUGUAGAACUGCGACUCUUCAAGGCAUCACUCAGUUCCCCGGAGGAACGCUCGAACUCUAGUGAUGCCGUGACGGUGCGGGAGAACACAACCAAUGACGCGAAUACGCCCAGUUCCCAAGGUAUCUCGCCGAUCGUGGAUCAGACGGACGACGCAGUCAAAGCUAGCCCGCGACAUCAUAUUCACAACCAUGGCAUCCAUCAGGUGCAGUUUAUGGACAAAUUGUCCACAUCAGAAAUGCAGAGUUCGUUCGCCGACUCGGGCCACUUUGAGGAUAUUACGACAUCGUCGAUUCACUCGAAGGACUCGUACGUUCACACGCAGGAUCGUGCUUGCGGCAGCGAUGAGGACUUGGAUGCCGAAAAGCAGAGGCUAGUUGAGUUGUAUGAGUCGCGGAUUGAGGAGCUGGUAAAGCAGCACCAGGACGACGCGCAGAAAAUUCGUAUGUCCAACAACGAUCGUGUCGAGGCUCUGCUACAGAAGUUGGCCGAGUCGAACAGCAGAUACUGCGAUCUUGUUCCAGACUAUGACCAGGCUAAGGAACGAAUCCGCGAGUUGGAAAAGCAGCUCGAGGAACUCCACAGCCAGCUCCAAGAACAAGAGCACAAGGCCAACAAGAUGUACCUGCACAUGUACUCCAAGGGGCAGGAAGCAGAAAGGCAAGAGCAAGCUGACCGUGCCUUAGAUAUGGCACGCCAGUCGCCCAGUCGAGUGUCGGUUCCGGAACUGAUGCAGCAACUGCAGGUGACCCAAGAGGAAUUGGAGAAUAUACGGGAUACAAGCUAUCAGCAACAAAGUGGAAGCUCACAGGUCUUACUAAGCGCAAAAGAAGCGAUCUCGCUCUGGCUUUUGGGCGCCCGGAAGACCAUGUACAAACGGUUGAUCGACGCCCAGCAGGUCAAGAACAAGGUCGAUCCAGAAGUUACGCUGCAGUUCCUGAAGAGCGCUAUCUAUUACUUCCUCACAGACAAGGAGAACUCCCAGGGUCAUCUGAAUGCGAUCGAGAGCAUUCUCGGUUUCUCGGAGAAGGAAAAAUCCAACAUUAACAAGGCGCGAGCUUACAAAUGAAGGAAUCGUAAUAAUGAUGAAAAUACUAAUACAUGUUAUGAAGCUAGAUAAGAUUUUAAUGAUUGUGACAACAAAAAAUCUCACUUGCAAAAACUACAUUAAAUUAGACCGCUGUUUCACAUUGCAGGCAUAGGGAGAGAACAUCCUGGAUGAAGCACACUUUUAAAGGAAUAUGUGAUUGUUGAAGACUAUCCCUACACGAUAUUUUAAUAAGUUCCUUUUUAAAUAUUUAUUUAUCAUCCUACCAAAAAAUAGAGGCGAACAUGAUUGAUGAUUUUAACGAAUACUUAAUAUCGGUCUGUAUUAUAUUUUUAACUUGGUUGACGGUUCUUGUAAUUUUUCAGGGCUUAUUGUUAAAAUUUCUACCCUGUCUCAACGAAAGUAUCGCAGCAAUUUAAAUGUUUUCCCAAUCGAAGAAAUUUUUCGUAGGUAUUGUGUAGUAAGAGGACUGUUCACAGACAGAUAAAUUAGAACAUAAAAUAACCGUACAGUAAACAGGUUUUGUAUAGCGUUAAUUUGCAUUGCUUUUCAGAACUUGAUAGAAGGUAAACAGAUUCGUCCACACAAAGAUUAGCUUUUCAGAAAGAAUAACCCUCAAGCAAUACAUUUUCGUAACACAGAUUUUCGCUGAUUGCUAUUUCCUUAAAAAUAUUGAAUACCAAAACAGGGACAAGAAACGGUUUAGAUGCGCUCUGCUUAUAUAUUUACACACUACUUCAUAAAACUUGUUCGUAUUCGAUGAAUGCAACAACAUAGCUAUUCGUAUUCAAAUUUUCGCGGAGAGUAUCAACUUUUGUAUAAAGUCUUUCGGUUGUUCAAGCCAGUGCAGUUUGGAUAGUGCCUAAUUUUAGGGAGUUUUAUUGUAAUUAAAAGUCGAAUCUUUAUCUAAUCAAUAUUAAAAUUUUCAAAUGUUCGAAUCGACGUUUUCAAACUAAAAACUAGCUAGAUUGAAUUUAGUAAGCAAAGUAUAUUAAAAAAAAACAGGAAAAGAGAGACAACACAACGUUUCAUAGUGCGCCAGGGAAGAUAAACACUGCUAUUGAAGUAUACUAUGGAAUGCAAAUUAUAUAUUGGUGCGCUAUCUCAAAUAGUCCGACUUGCAAUGAAUGUUAUUCAAAUGUUGCGUACACAUCACAGACACUCACACACCACGAUAGGAAAAUGAAAGUUGCAUUAUCAAUUA